AUGGACUCCAUUUUCACAGGCUAUAACCUUUAUAACCUGUAAGUAAAAACUGAAAUGGACAAGUUGUCAUCAGGUUUGGAUAUUUACAGGAUUCCAUUGAAGAACAAGACUGAAGUCACCAUGUUUAUAUUGACAGGCUUCAGAGAUGAUUUUGAGCUGCAAGUCUUCCUAUUUUUACUAUUUCUUGCAAUCUAUCUCUUUACCUUGAUAAGCAAUUUAGAUCUGGUUGUACUGGUCAUUGAGGAUUCCUGGCUCCACAACCCCAUGUACUAUUUUCCUAGUGUUUUAUCAUUCUUAGAUGCCUGCUAUUCUACAGUUGUCACUCCAAAAAUGUUGGUCAAUUUCCUGGCAAAAAAUAAAUCCAUUUCAUUUAUCGGAUGUGCAACACAGAUGCUUCUUUUUGUUACUUUUGGAACCACAGAAUGCUUUCUCUUGGCUGCAAUGGCUUAUGAUCGCUAUGUAGCCAUCUACAGCCCUCUCCUGUAUUCAGUAAGCAUGUCACCCAGAGUCUACAUGUCACUCAUCACUGCUUCCUAUGUUGCUGGCAUUUUACAUGCUACUAUACAUACAGUGGCUACAUUUAGCCUGUCCUUCUGUGGACCCAAUGAAAUUAGGCAUGUCUUUUGUGAUAACCCUCCUCUCCUUGCUAUUUCUUGUUCUGAACACACAAACCAGCUUCUACUCUUCUACUUUGUGGGCUCUAUUGAGAUAGUCACUAUCCUGAUUGUCCUGAUCUCCUAUGGCUUCAUUCUGUUGGCCAUUCUGAAGAUGCAUUCUGCUAAGGGAAGGCAAAAGGCGUUCUCUACAUGUGGCUCUCACCUAACUGGAGUGACAAUUUAUCAUGGAACAAUUCUCGUCAGUUAUAUGAGACCAAGUUCCAGCUAUGCUUCAGACCAUGACAUCAUAGUGUCAAUAUUUUACACAAUUGUUAUUCCCAUGCUGAAUCCUAUCAUCUAUAGUUUGAGGAACAAAGAAGUAAAAAAAGCAGUGAAGAAAAUGUUGAAAUUGGCUUACAAAUGA